UUUUGGUGGGCCAACUGAGGAAGGAUUUCGAGGGAGAGCCAGCCGGAUCGCGCUGCCGACGGAGCACGAAGGCGUCUCCUCCGCAGCGCUCGAAGCGACAGCCCCGGGCAGCCUUGCCCGAGCUGCCGCCAGGGCAAUCUCACCCCAAGGCGCAUAGGAGCAGCGACCGCGGCGGCGCAGCGCAGCGCGGGCCGCAGCCCCAACGGCGACCGCGGCACCGUGAAGGCCGCGAGGCCGUGACGGGAACCACCAGAUACCAUGGAGGCCAAGGAAUGUGACGUCGCCCAAUCCAGGGGCGCGAAGGACCUAGAGGACAAGAUGGCCGCCGCGACGAUCGGUGGGGGCAUCGGCGUCGCGCCCGAGGCGCGGAGGGUCGGAAACGGCUUUCGCAUCAACUGGAUGAAUAUGAGAGACGCGGCCACCGGUAAAAUUCUCUGGGAGCAGUCGAAGGGCUGGGGCGACAUGUACGACCGCGAGAUUCUGGCGCGGGUACCUAGAAGAUUGCUGGACUGUCGGGCCGUGUCGCGCGAGGUGAAUUUUACGAGCGAGUUCAAGAUGAAGGACUUUCGGCUGGAGCAGCGCGUGCUGUUGCAUGAUAGGCCCUUCGAGCGGUGGAACUUUAGAUUCGGCUUCGUGAUGCCGGGGUCGACGAACACGUGGCAGCAGGUCAUCGAGGCGGCCGACGAGAUGCUGCCCGUCGAGGUUUUGGAUGGGAACGUGGUCAUCGAGACGUCCUUCUUCGACGGCCAGCAGCUCAUCUCGCAGUGCCGCGUGCGCAUCUUCUACGACGCCUAAUUUUGGUUAUUAUUCA